AUGGCGUCCCGCGGCGGCCCCCGCGCCGCCGGCACCGACGGCAGCGACUACCGGCACCGCGAGCGCGUGGCCUCGCACUACCAAAUGAGCGUGGCCCUCAAGUCGGAGAUCAAGAAGCUCAUCUACAUGCACGUGGCCAUCUGGCUGCUGCUGCUGGCCCAGAUGUGCGUGGGCCACCUCAAGCUGCUGCCCCACGACCAGGUGGCCAUGCCCUACCAGUGGGAGUACCCGUACCUGCUGAGCAUCCUGCCCGCGCUGCUCGGCCUCCUCUCCUUCCCCCGCAACAACAUCAGCUACCUGGUGCUCUCCAUGAUCAGCACGGGCCUCUUCUCGGUGGCGCCGCUCAUCUACGGCGCCAUGGAGAUGUUCCCCAUGGCGCAGCAGCUCUACCGGCACGGCAAGGCUUACCGCUUCAUCUUCGGCUUCUCCGCCGUCUCCGUCAUGUACCUCGUGGUGGUGGUGGCCGCGCAGCUGCACAGCUGGCAGCUCUACUACAGCAAGAAGCUGCUGGACUCGUGGUUCACCAGCACGCAGGAGAAGAAGAAGAAGUGAGCGGCGCCGGGUCUCGCCUGGGGAGACCCAUGGGCGCCGGGUCUCACGUGGGGAGACCCAUGGGCGCCGGGUCUCGCGUGGGGACCGUGCGUCUCCUCGCCAGCCUCGACGGGGACGUGGCGGGCACCUCACUGGGGACACGGGGACGGA